AUGCUGGAGAACUGGGUGCUGCAUCUGGAGCGGGUGGGUCUGAGCCGCCACUUUAUACUCUUUGCAGCAGACAACACAAUCCUUGAAUUCGCUCAGUCCAAAUGGCCUGGACAGGCCAUUCACCUCAACCUGAAUGGACAAUUCAACGACGAGGAGAGCGUGGAUGUAAAGAUUGUCCAUUCUUUCACCUCGUUCUUGAUAUCAACUCAGCCGAUUUCUAGCGUGGCGUCGCACCAGGCCAUCUACAUCCACCACCUGCUCUCCUUCGCUUUCUCCGUGCUCUCCACCCUCCUCGUUCCUGCAGGCCAUUCAUCUGGACUAAACCUGAGCGGGCAGUUCAGCGAUGAGGAGAACGUGGACGUGAGGAAGGAGGUGGACAUCAACUCAGCCGGGUUCUUCAGCGUGGCAUCCCACCGGGCAGUCUACAUCCACCACCUCCUCUCCUUCGGCUUCUCCGUUCUCUACAGCGAUGUCGAUAUCGCCUUCCUCCACAACCCCCUCCCCUUCUUUCAAAAACCCAAUCCUCCCACUGAUGUGUCUGCUUCUGCUUCUGCUGCUAUUGCUGCUGCUGCUGAAGCUGACACGGACGCUGACACCAGCGGGUUGAAUUUCGACGUGUUUUUGAGCAUCGACCGGUACAGAGAGCAGCCGUCGCCCUACACAGAGCCCAUCGACACGCACCUCCUCGAAAAAGGGGGCCGCAUCUACUGCACCUGUCUGCUCUUCUUCCGGCCCACUGCCGCUGCAAAGAGCCUCGUAGGCAACUGGGCGUUUCGGAUCGCUAAGCUGGGGCGGGAGGGGGGACUAGACCAGGCGCAGUUUAACCUGGUAAUGAAGUGGAUGCAUCAGAUGGGUGUGCUGCCGCGGAUCGGCGUGCUGCCGCAGCUGCAGUUCCCGUCGGGGCAUCUGAUGCAGGAGCACUGGGAGGAGUUUGUGGCGGUGCGGCCACGGGUGGUGAUGGUGCAUGCGAAUUAUGUCAAAGGGAAGGGCGCGAAGAUUGAGGCGCUGAAGAAGGCGGGGUUGUGGUGGGUGAAGGAACAGAGCAACGCGACUGCUGCUGCUGCUGCUCCUCCUCCUGCUGCUGCUCCUGCUCCUGCUGCUGCUCCUGCUGCUUCUGGCGCAGCUGCUGUAAAUGCUACAAAUGCUGCUUCUGCUGCAGGGCUGGUUGAGGGGCAGGAGAAAGGGCAGGGAGCAGCAGAUGGCAAGGAGAAGGCAGGCGAGGGAAGGGUUGAACACAAGGGAGGAGAAGGGGUGCAGGAAGAGGCAAAGGAGAGAGAGGAGCCUAUCUUGCUGUUCCCAACGCCUAAGCCGCGUGAGAAGGCUGACAAGGCUGACAAGGCUGACAGGGAUGUCAAGGCUGAGAAGGUUGCUGGGAUGUCGAGUGUGCAGCAGAGCAAGGAGGGAGGCGCAAAGGGUGGGAAGGAGGGGGAGGGGCAGGCGCUGAUUGGACAGGCAGGUGGAAGCGGUGUGGCAGGAGGGGAUGGGGAUUGGGAGGCGCGGGUAUUGGAGGCAGUGGAGCCGUGGGUGGGGGAGCAUCUGCAGACGAUGCAGGGGAAAGGGGUGAACGUUGGUGGUGGUGGUGGCAUGGCGGUCUUCACUGUUGCCUGCGAUGGUGAAUGGAUGGGGAAGCAGUGGGGUGGGAGAAGAGGGGGAUAG